AUGCUCGGUGCAAAUGUCAAGUGCUGUGAGACUGAGAUUUGUGAUGAGAAUCCGGAAGAUGUGAAGGUUUAUAAGCGGCAGGCAGAUGGAAAGGGAACAGGGCAACACGGGAAGAAGGGGAAACCUCCAACGAUGCACAGAGCGACAGAGCUGAAGGUGUUUAAAGGUGGAACCAACCUGAGGAAGCAAAAAUCACUCACGAAUCUUUCGUUCCUGACUGAUGCAGAAAAGAAGAUGCAGCUGUACGAGCCGAAAUGGUGCGAUGAUAUGUCAAAGUCGGCUCAAACGCUGGGGAAGGGAGGGUUCAAGCAUAAAGAUGCACCGAUGUCUAAAUCUUUGUCAAAAUCGGAGCACUCACUGUUUCAGGGCAAGUUGGCCCCGAGUGUGAACAAGCCUCUUGCAGCACCCUCCACCCGUGGGAUACCAAGCAGGAUCCCACGAGGACCCUGGGCUGAAGUCAAGCCACUGAGCAAAUCGACUGAAGCCAGCACUGGCGACGGCAGCAAGUCAGACGAUGAAAUAUUGUCCAGCAAAGCUAAAAAUGUUAAAAAACCAACUCCGGCCACAAGCAAGAGCCAGCAGCCUGAAGAGAAAGCUUAUUUGAAGGUGGAUCCUGAGCUUGUUGUCACAGUGCUGGGUGACCUAGAACAGCUUCUGUUCAGCCAGAUGCUUGAUCCAGAAACACAGAGAAAACGAACUGUUCAAAAUAUUGUAGAUCUUCGACAGAAUCUGGAAGACACCAUGUCGAGUUUGAGGGGAUCCCAGAUAACCCAUAGUGCUUUAGAUUCAACCUUUGAUAGUGACAUUAGUGCUGAAAUGAAUGCCAGAAGCCGUGGCACAAGUUCAUCUAAUCGAUCUUCACCAUUAUCCUGGCGGUACGGCCAAGCAAGUCCACGUCUUCAGGCAGGGGAUGCACCUUCUGUAGGCAGUGGAUGCCAACCUGGAGGAAAUUCUGGCUGGUUUGUUCGGGGAGACUCCUCUCAUUACUCACAUACCAUGCCCAUGCGGAGUUCCAGUAAAUCAUGUAAUAUUUCUCACUUGGACUUGGAGUCUCUGGAUACUGAUGAUGUAGACCUGAAGUCCAUCAGUGCUGACAUGUCUGGCUAUAUGAGUGACAGUGAUUUGAUGGGGAAGACAAUGAAUGAUGAUGACAUUACAACUGGGUAA